CUGCUUAAAUUUUGGUCAAAUCAGUUUGCUGUGUGAGUAAGAGAGCGCUGUAAAAAGGCACGAUUGCUUGAAAUGCAGUGAGUGAAAUAAAAAAAUCGUGUUUUUAUUAUUAUUAUUACCUGCUUUCGAAAAGUAAAAAAACACGCUAAUGUGUAUAAUUUUACAUAUGUACGGCCACAUAUAUGUACAUACAUACCAAAUACAUACGAACAGCUUCUUUUGUGCUAUAGAACGAGUUUAUAUGCGCGUUUGUGUGCUAUUGACCGCAAGCGAGUCACCAAUUGUUCUGCUUUUUCACGGUUAUUGACAGUCGCUUAUAUACUGUUUGCAUUGAUACAAAGCGACGAACGAUAACUUUAUGCAGUGGAAAACAGUAGCAAAACGGUUUAAGCAUAGAGUCUCGUAAGACGUACACAUCAUUGUGGUUCAUAUGAGCAUAAUAUGUUGUGAUAAAAAUUGUAUUUUUUUACCGCUCAUUUUUGUUGUUUACAAAAUUUGAUUGAAAACAAAUACAUAUCAACAAUAUGAGUAGUCGUCAAAAUGACUUGGCCGCGUACAGUGCGAGGCGAUUAAAUCGCGCAACAUUCGUUCAAAUUAGAAAUUACUAAUUAUCGCUUUUUGGCAUUGUUUUAAGAUGUGAUUUCAUUGCGCAAACUCUCACACAACUAUGUUAAAAUGUAUAGUAAAACAUUAAUAAUGUGUUAAGAGAUCAAAAGUGAAAAAUUGACGCAGCAAAAAUAAAAACAAAUAUAUUUGUUUACAAACCAGUUUUAGUUUUAAAUGAUUUGUACAAAUACUUCAACACAUCGAAAUCAAGAUGAGACUUCCACACACGUCGAUAAGGCACACAAACCCUCGGAGAAGCGGCGGUUUGAAUAAAACGAGCAUAUUUGCGGCAUUACUAUUUCUACGCUUAACCACAUUCUGGAGAGUUCAAGCCGCGCCACAAUUAUUUCCAACAAACUACGACGAGGAAUUCCGUCGUAAUGAUGCUGUCGAAUAUGGUGCACCGUUAAUCACACCUCUAAUGGACUAUGUAACACUUGAAUUAAAUACCAAUUAUACAAUACGUUGUGAGGCCGAUGAACCAUUAACGUGGAGACUCCCUGAUGAUACUGUUGACUACGACGAGCAAACGUUUAACACUGGUGAUCCACAACGUCUACAUGGCAGUAUGCUAUAUCUACAGGAUAUAUCUAGCAAGAAUUUGGGUAACUACUAUUGCAUAAAAAAAUCAAGUGUUCCAAAUAGACUAGAUGCAAUGCUGGACGAGGAACUUGUAGAGUUGGUUAAUAAUUAUAAAGCGUCCUCAAUUUACAUAUACGUUAAUGACCCUGUUAAUCUUUUGUCACAAAAUGAAUUUCCGGUAAUUAGUGCGCUUCAAUACCAGGAUACGGUCAUACCAUGCAAACCAACUAUGCCCAACAUAGAAGUGCUGCUAACCACGUCGCAUGGUGAAACAUUUUCCAGUGAAAAUACCGGCCGCUAUAAUCCUCAGCGCGGUUUCGUCGUCGAAAUACGCGGCGUUACCGAUGGCGGCAGCUAUGUGUGCCGACCCAAAGUGCCGUCUCCAUUAAAUGAAGAGGAGGAACAAACCUUUGAGAUCCUUUUUAGUGGUAACGAACCUGUUAAUCCUGUGGAAAUGGGUAUGGAUGUUGAUCUUAAUGUUGACACAACUAAUCUUGGUGAUGGCAAUGUUGUUAAUGAAAAUAAGCGUGUCUUUGGCGUUGAAACUCAUAAUAGCAAUAUCCUAGCAAAUGUUGUGGGUCUUACUAAUGGUGACGGUUACGAUACGACUCAAACGACUACACUUUCUGGCUAUAAAAACGCAAAAGUAGUUAACAAUUACACAGACGACUCGCUCACUGACAUUGAUAAUGGUGACAGAAUUGUUGUUGAAGAAAAUCAUAUUUAUGAAAACGCACCACAACGUUCAACAUGUUUGCGCAGCACAAAGAGACCGCUUUUAAAACGCGCUGCGCCAACAACUAGAUGGCAUAGUUCACGAUUCCGUGGUGCGCUACGAUCGAGUACGAAAUAUAUUGAGAAACCGAUUAUAACCUCAAAUUCCCGUGGACAUGUGAACGUUGGUGAAAACUUCACGCUGAAUUGUUAUGUGAAAAUCGCCUUUGAUGUUUCCUACUCAACAGAAUGGAAAACACCACCAGGUGUAGAUGAGGACCGUAUGAUUAAAACUAUACCAACAUUUAUAAAUAAAACAUCCACACAUCAAGUCGGCGAGGCAAAAUUGACAAUAUUAAACUCUAAGAAAUCGGAUUCUGGUCUUUAUGAAUGCAUUUGCACGGACCAUUCGAAAAAUGUUGGACGCAACAAUUAUCAAAUGACAGUUUUAAAUCGCGAUGAGGGCUAUAUAAACAUUAGUGAGCCUUCCGGUUAUUACAAAAUCGCCAGUAGCGCGAAUAAAAAGGUGCAGAUCAAUGUUAAAUAUCGCGGUUAUCCGUUUCCUACGCUUACUUGGUACAAACCAGACAACACGCAAAUUCAUCCAUCCAAAAAAUAUAUUAUCAACACCACCGACACGUCGAUUACGCUGCAAAUAGUGAAUGCACAACUCGAGGACAGUGGUGAAUAUGUGAUACGCGCCAAGAAUGAAUUGUUGGUGAAAGAGUUGAAAUUCAAUGUGAGCAUAAGCGACAAGCCCAAAGUGACCGUCGAGGAUGUGUAUGUGCAGGCUGGCGAAGAAGCACAUCUGCAGUGCAAAGUGUUAUCCUUUCCCUUCGCCGUAGUCUCAUGGGUAUUUACACCGUGUAGCAUAUCGCCGCGUUGGCCCUCGUGCAACAAGCGAAUGGAUCAAAAUUUUAAUUCUACACGAAAUGCCCAACCAGGCGCAACGGCCGUUGAAUAUAUACAUGACCUAUUUUUUACGCCAGAAAGACCGGGUAUUAUGCAUUGUUUAGCGGUAAAUCCGAAAGGUAUGGGUGAAGGUAAAGGUCACGUGCUUAUUGGCGACAUAAAUGACAAUAUGACCAUAUACGGUACGGAUGAGAAUAAGAAAAUUGCACGCGGUGAUGAGGUGACACUCACGUGUGCUGCUCUCUCUUAUUACUUCUCUGACGAUCUGGAUUGGUAUAAAGAUGGCGAAUUGGUGGAAGAGAACAGCGGCAAUUUUGUCAUUAGCAACUCUUCAAGCAGCUACUCGUAUCAAAAAACAUUGGUAAUUGAAAAUAUACAAGAUAGCGAUCAGGGCAGCUAUGAGUGUCGUGCACGUAAUGCAAACAAUCCCGACAUGCAAGAAACUAAAUAUAGAAGCAUUUUUGUUAAUGAACCCUUGGCUCCACGCAUGCGGCAUACUAAUCUUGAUGAGAGUGAUAAAAUGGAGCGCAAGCUUGGCGAUGCUUUACAAUUGGAGUGCAAACCGGAUGCAAUACCAGCAGCGGAAGUACAUUGGUAUAAGGACGAUGUUGAAUUGAACAACAGCAGUUAUGUGAACAUUCUAGACGAUGGCAGCAAACUAAUUAUACAAUAUAUCAAACCUGAACAUGAAGGUGUAUACAAAUGUGUGGCUUCAAAUCGUUUGGGUACUGUCGAAGUGAGUUCGGCGGUUAAAAUUACAAAUUUGCCACGCAUGCGCGUCGGUUGGAUACUCGCCAUACUGUUCUUCUUCAUUUUCCUCAUUGCCCUGGUGAUUUAUCUAUGUGUGCGUGUCAUGCGCGAACGAAAGCGUCUGCGUGAUUACAAAGCGGCCGGUUUGGCAAAUUUCGAAGACGGCGCUGUGGAGCAUAUAAAUCCAGCGCUGACAUUAGACGAACAGGCCGAUUUAUUGCCAUAUGAUCGUGCUUUUGAAUUUCCACGUGAAAAACUUAAAUUGGGCAAGCAAUUGGGUGCCGGCGCUUUUGGUGUGGUGUUAAAAGCCCAUGCGGAAGGCAUACGACCAGAUGAAAAAGAAACGGUAGUGGCUGUGAAAAUGGUCAAACGUAUUGCUGAUAAUGAGGUGAUGCGUGCACUGGUGACGGAAUUGAAGAUUUUGGUGCAUCUCGGCCCAAAUUUGAACGUUGUCAAUCUCUUGGGUGCAGUCACCAAAAAUAUUGCGAAACGUGAAUUAAUGGUUAUUGUGGAGUACUGUCGUUAUGGUAAUGUACAAAACUUCUUACUGCGCAAUCGUAAACGAUUCAUAAAUCAAAUUAACCCUGAAACGGAUAAAAUUGAUCCAACCAUCACCAAACAGCGGUUUUCGGAUAAUUUCGAGUUAAACCGUGAUGGAGUAAGAUAUGUUAAUCUGGCAUUUGCAAAUCACCAAUAUGUUAAUCAUAUGAAUAAUAUGAAUAAUAAUUAUACGGCAAAUAAUCGUAGAAACUCCGACGAGGAUCCACGCUCCGGCACACGUGCCGGCCGUCCCAAUUCCACUGGAUAUUUGCGUCAAUCGGAUUUGUACGAAGGACAUGUGGAUAGCUGUGCAACGGAGCAAACUGUAAUGACCACAAUACCGGAGGACGAUGAUAAUGUCUUAUCCAAUAAUUCUGUGCAACCUGCUUGGCGCUCCAACUACAAACCAGAUAGUACAGAAGCCAUGACAAUUACCACAACACAGCUGGUAAGUUGGGCAUUCCAAGUGGCACGCGCCAUGGAUUAUCUGUCGUCGCGUAAAGUGUUGCACGGUGAUCUGGCGGCUCGUAAUAUCCUGCUUUGUGAGGAUAAUGUGGUGAAAAUUUGCGAUUUUGGCUUAGCACGUUCCAUGUAUAAAAGUGAGAACUACAAGAAACAAGGCGAAGCACCAUUGCCGAUUAAAUGGUUGGCCUUGGAGUCACUCAGCGAUCAUAUCUUUAGCACUUACACUGAUGUCUGGUCGUUUGGCAUUGUUUUGUGGGAGUUCUUCUCAUUGGCCAAGGUACCCUAUCCCGGUAUGGAUCCGAAUCAGAGCUUAUAUUUGAAAAUAAAAGAUGGUUAUCGCAUGGAGAAACCACCAUAUGCCAAUAAUGAAUUGUACGAUAUAAUGUUGGAGUGUUGGAGUACAAAUCCGGAGAGCCGUCCAUUAUUUAAAGUGUUGGAAAAAUACUUCGCACGUAUGCUGGGCGAGGAUGUGACAAAUCAUUAUGUUGAUUUGAAUGACACUUAUUUGCGCGCGAACAUGGACAAUGCCAAUACCAAGCCAACUGAUUAUCUGUCGCUAAUGGGCUCACCAGACGAAAUGGCACCGGCGCCACCACGCUAUGUAAACGGCCAUAUAUUGCCUGAAAUACGUAUACAGCCAUCUACUUCCGACGACUACUUAAAUAUGAGCAUCGAAACUGGUACAACCAUUUUCUCACCGACACGUCCCAAAGAUUAUCAAAAUUCUAAUGAAGAUACAAAUACAACAACAACAACUUCUUUCACCUUCCCAGAUAAUACAGCGCCAACAGCGCCACCAACAUCACAACAUUCCCCCACCUUAGUGAAUAAUCUCGAUAGUGCAAUUAAUAAGAAUCGCAAGAAGGAAGGCAUGCAACCGGAGGAGAUACCAAUGCUGACGGGCACACAUCACAAUUCAGAUGAUGGCGACGACAGCCCAGCGCAAGACCGAAAGUUCGCCAAAAACAUAUUACAACAACAUGUACGCGCUACGCCUACACCGUCGCCGCGUCAUCACAUCGCCGAGACCGAACUCAGCGGCAGCGAUAACUAUGUGAACGUGAAUUCACCGAAAAAGUUGAAUAACAAUGGUGCGAGAGCAGCGGAUGCAUUUUCCAAUCCCAGUUAUCAAAUUUUAAAGACUGUUUCAAAGGAAGUGGAUAAUAAAUGA